CCAUCCAAAGCUUAUCAAAGGAUGGAAGAGUGGGUAGUGUGUGUGCCUUGGGCUGGGAAGUCCCGUGUGGCAUGACGCAAUCACUCUCCCAGCCCAACCUGACAGUUUCCACACGCCGCAGUCAACGAGCAGAGAGAGCUAGAAGAGAUGAAUAUACAGCGUGUAGGCAGAGAAAAUACAGAAAUAUUUCCCUGGGGAGACGUUCACCGCCCUGCUUCCUGAACGUAUCACUCAGGAGUAGUUUAAACCCGUCCCUCUAGCCGCGAGGACGCCCGUGCCAGUCCCUUCCUCUGUUACGCCUCCUGGAACGUUACCGCGAUGAGGCCCAGAUCCAGGCACCGGCGGGCAGGUGAGCCGCUGUUAUGAGCACCAGUUGCCGGCUGACCCUCGUGCACUAGGGCCGCGUGGACCUACUACUGACGGUGACCCAUGAGAGGAACAACACACCCUGACAACACACUGAGUGAUUAUGUGCUAGCGAGUGAACAGUGGUGCUGAUAUCUAACACGGAAUAUUAGUGACUUUAUCCCCGCAAACAUGUGCUCCACGGACUUUAGCAUGCUGGACCUCUUCUUCGAUAAGGAGGAUCCCGCUUCCAAGGGCCUCGAUGGCUUCAAGAACACGCUCUUCAGCAGCUCCGAGGUGCUGGGUGCUGGCAGCGACGAGGACGUGAAGGAGGAAGUGCUUGACUCGGGGACUAUUGACUGGAAGAUGCCCAACGAGUGGGAUGCGGACGAGUUGCUCCGCUCAGUGCUGGACGGGAACGACAUGUCGCCCCCCAGCUAUGACACACCGUCCCUGGCAUACCCCUUGAGCGGCCUGGGCUCCUCACACCACACCCUCGACCCGUCCUCACUGGCCACCCCCACCCUGGAGGCCCCUGAGGACGACAUGGACUCCCUCGAGAACCUGGUGGGUCUGCCCUUCCACGCCGUGCUGGACUCCGCCGCCUCGGACUCUGGGAUGUCCAGCGACUCCUCUCUGGAUCAGCAGAUGUCCCCAGCAUCGGGGUAUUCCUCCCCCGGUGGCUCUCUCGCUGACAUGGGGUUGGGCGGCGGCGGGCUGGGCAUGUCCUCGCCUGACCCCGCCCUGGACGCCACCUCCGACGUGUCCUCCAGCAGCGACCUGGGCUCCCUCGGCUCGCUGGGCUCCACCUCCCCCUCAGGCAGCUCUCCGCUAGUUGCCUCGCCGAGCAGUCCCGAACAUAUACUUGGUCUGGAGGAUUUCCUUCAGCCCGAUUCCGGUUUCUCUUCACCGGUUCCUCACUUGGUCAACUCCAGUACCCUCGCCUCAACCACCGCCGCCCCCACGCCCAUCUUCACCACCACCCGCCCCACCGCCUUCAUCACCAAGACCGCGGCCCCCACCACCACCAUCGUCACUAGGCCUGCAGCUCCCACCAUCAUCACCAAGCCCAGCAACGCCACGAUAUCCACCGGCCCCGUACUUAAGACGGUGACGGUGGCGGCGCCGGCGAGCUCCGUGGCGACCGUCGGGGGCCAGACCAUCGUGGUGACGCAGGCCAACAGGAACGGCGGCACCCCUCAUGUGGUGCGCGGGGGGACGCUGCUCAAGUCCAACAAUGCGUCCCGCUCCAUCCUGCUGCCCGUCACCAUGAAGGACUUGAACCAGGUCCGCACCAUCAAGAUCAUCAGCACAGGUGGUAACGGAGGCGUGGGCGGACGUGGCGUACGUACCGUCGUCUCCACCGUCCGCACGCCAUCCACCACUUCCUCCACCGCGUCCUCCACCACCUCCCUCAACAGCCAGUCCAUCCGCACGGCGCUUCUCGGCACCGUCAGAGGCCAGGAGUCGAAGUCCAUCUUGAAGAGCGGAGCCACGACCUUUCUCACGACCUCCGCGCGGCCCAUCUCAACCUCCGUCGCCGCCUCAUCCGCCACCCACCUGUCCCCGACGCGCAUCAAGGUGGAGGCCAAGGAUGAGGAUGAUGAUGACGAUGAUGACGAUGAGCCCCACACCGCCUUCCAACAGCUAACUCUCUCCGAUGAGGAGAAGCGACUACUUAAGAAGGAGGGAAUCCUGCUGCCAUCUCACUAUCCCCUCACCAAGCAGGAGGAGAGGGAGCUCAAGCGCAUCAGGCGCAAGAUCCGAAACAAGAUCUCAGCUCAAGAUUCAAGGAAACGCAAGAAGGAGUAUAUUGAUGGACUGGAAGACAGAGUGAAGGCUUGUACAGAAGAAAACCAGCAGCUUCAGAAACGAAUUCGCAGCCUGGAGGCCCAGAAUGAAUCCCUGUUAGUACAAAUGAAAAGGUUCCAGAAUGCAGUCACCGGAGGAAACUCUGGACGCCUACAGACUCAUGCCUCCACCGCCCUCAUGAUGCUUAUCCUGUCAGCAGCACUGUUCAUUGUGCCUUCCAUGCGGCAGGAUGGCAGCUCAUCUGACAGUGAGCUUUCCAUGCCAGCAUCAAAAAUGCCCUCUGCAGGUAACUCGCGUAGCCUUCUGGAGGUGGGGAACAUGGGCACACUGGAGGUACUGGAGGGCGUGGAGGACGAACUAACACUUGAGAUGGAGACGCCCCUCACCCAGGCCCUCAGUGACCAUGACUACACACCAGUGGCCAAGAAGCAGCGCACUUCUGCCCCAAGAGGCACUGCCUACUUUGUGCCGCCCCUGGACGACUACCCUCCACAACAUGGGAAGACAGACUCGGGUGGAGGCUUUCCCCCAGACGACACAGGUUCAGGAACUAAAUUAUCUGCCAGAAUAAUGGACAGCCUGGCAGAUCACUUGUCCAAUAAUUACUCUGACCCAGGAGGUAAAUCCAGCAGCAAUUCCAAUGCUGUGGUGGUGAACCUCUCCAAGGGAAAGAAAAGAUUAAGGGAUGACCUUGAGUUAGAGUGAAGAUUGUGUCGUUUUGGGCGGUGCUUUCUUUGAUAUGUCGAGGUGUGCGAAAAAACCCUCAGGAGGAAGAGUGUAGCCCCUGUGGGUUGUUCUCCCCAUAGGGGCUGCCGUGUGUGCUAGGUGGGGGGACCUGCCUCAGUCACAGAUGCUUCUGCUGCCCACACACAGUUGACUCUGCAACAGCCUCAAAUUUCUUGUCCUCCCCUAAGUAGUAUUCAUCCUCCUCUUCCUGUUUUAUCGACUUGUCGCUCCACCGUUAUGUUCUGAGUCAUUCACCCACACAUGGGAUUCUGUUGUGCAAUAAUGGUUUGGCCAAAAUUUAAGUUACAUCAGAGCACUGAACAGGAGGAGGGAGAGCAGGCUUCUGCAUACUGGUGGCAUAGUGAGUAAGCUGCACAGAGUGUCAGUGAUGCAUUCCUGUUGUUUGGCCAGGUCUGGGGGAUCAUGGGGCCCCGAGCUGCGGCCCUGAUGUGCUAUAGAGGGAUGUGUCGGUUAUGCAUAAUGGGUUUGCUUUGCUGUUAAUUUAUGAAAUCUAUAUCUUUAAAUAUUGAUUGAUGUUUUAUGUGGAUAAUUUAAUAAAACAGGUAUUUACUUGUAUAGAAAUCAAGAAAAUAUUGUUAGAUUAUGAAUUAUUUAUUAUUAAUAGAGAUUCUAGUGAUGGUUUUCAUUCACUGAUAAUUGAUGGCUGAUCCACAUUGUUGAUGCCAAACUAAGUAUAAAUAUAUCAGAUAUAUUUAUUAGUCAAGGCAAAAUACAAAUGUUCAAAUUGCUCUUCACCUAUAUGAAUAUUAUUUGUUCAUAUGUUAGUAGCAUAGCCUUGCUGUGCUCGUGUAAAAGACUACAAUGUGGGUUUUCUCAUUUUCCUAUGGACCAAUGCAACUUAUUUCAUCUUCAUUUUACUUCAUGCACAUUUGUUAUCGAAGUACUAUUUAAGAGAAUGACAUGAUGCCAUCAUGUGCUAUCUGAGAAUUUUUUGUAGAUAACUAAUAAAGGAGGAAAUAAAAUAUAUUUUAAGUCA